GAGAGAUUAGGGCUCCGAUUGCUUGAAUGAUUCUUCAUGAUCACCAUGUCCUUGGAAAAAUGCACUACGGACAGAACCUCCCCCCUCUCUCUCUCGGAAGGAAAUGAAAAGAGAAAAAUAAAAUAAAAGAAUUCCUUCCCUCUGAAAGACCGAAACCCCAUUCAACGCCUAUCAGAACAACAUCAGCAUGACUAGCACCAGUACCUUUCCUCUCUUUACCCUUUUCUUUUGCAGCUCUUCCUCUCAAUCCGUUUUGUCUCUUCCCUCUCUCUCCUCUUCCUCUAUCUUCAUCCCUCCAAAGAGAAAAAAGCAACAUGCCUCAGGCAGUUUCAACAAGAUGGUGCCCAACACCAGAUCAGCUGAUGAUCUUGGAAGAGAUGUAUAAAGGCGGGAUAAAGACUCCAAACGCCUUUCAGAUACAACAGAUAACUGCCCAUCUCUCCUUGUAUGGAAAGAUUGAAGGGAAGAAUGUUUUCUACUGGUUUCAGAAUCACAAGGCCAGAGAUAGGCAGAAGCUGAGGAGGCUCAGUAGACAACAACCCCAACAGCAGCUUCCCCAGCAAAACCCAACUCACUCACUUCAUCAGGGAGGUAUCGAAGAGAUAACCCAAGUGAAGAAUUUCCACGGCCAGUUGGAGACUUCAAGAAGGGAAGGCAUAGAGAAGGCAGCUAUGGCCUGCCAGGAUGAAUGGACGGUGAUGAUGGAUGUAGGUCCAACUUCAUGUUACAGACCUCUUAAAACCCUAGAACUCUUCCCUAUUAAAAGUACUGGGCUUAAGGAAGAGCGAAAUGCAUCAGGACUACCCUAGAACCCUAUCUUUCUUCAUCCUUUUGUUUUUCAUGCUCUAGAAACUCAGUGGACUGGGAAAGAAGUAUCUUGUCGAGCUCGUACUGGAACUCUGCAGACACUGUUUUUUUCCAAAUUAGAAUCUCUUGGAAUUGA